AUGAAGUUCGUCUUUCUCGGAGAAGAAGGUGUAGGAAAAACGUCUCUUCUGAUGGCUUACAGCAAAGGUUGCGUUCCCAAGGUGUACGUCCCUACCGUUUUCGAUUCUUACUCGGUGUGUUUUUUUUUUCUUAUUUUGUAUAAAAUCAAUCAAAAGCUCCAGUUGAACGUUUCCGCCGGCAACGUUCCCUACAAGCUCAGUUUGUUCGAUACAUCCGGCCAGGACAAAUAUGGAAAGCUGCGUCCUCUUUCUUAUCCCAAUACCGACAUCUUCUUGAUUUGUUUUUCAAUUGUGUCUCCGGAAAGCUUCCACAAGAUCAAAGACAAGGUAAGAUCAUCAGGCACCUUUCAAAUUGAAAAAUAACCAAAUCUAAACUCUUCUUUAUUUCUCUAAUUUUUUCAGAAUUGUUUUUUGACAAAACGAACAUUUUUUUUUAUUUCCAGACUUAGUUGAGAUGAUUUUAAGCUAGUAAAAUGACAAUUGCUCAAAUUUUCAUUAAAAAACGGGGAUUUUCAUCAAAACACCUGCAGAGGCGUAUUUUAUAAAACCUCGAUGAAGUUUCCUUUUUUCUCAUCAAAUUUUUCAAAAAUUGCCCUUGACCGUUGAAUUUUUCAGUUUGUUCCGGAGGUCAAGAAGCACUGCCCAAAAGCUCGAAUCUUCAUCGUUGGCACUCAAGUUUGUUUUCUAUUUCAUUUGGGUACACUGUAUUCGGGCCGGGUUUAGCUGAAAUGCAGUAUUUCGUAACUUUCAAAAAAAAAGUCAGCUUCUCGCAAAUAGGACAAAGUUUGCAACCGCCCUGCGACCGCACGCAACAUUAAUGCAAAAAAAAAAAAAUAAUUCUCUUUCAAUGGCAAAAACGUUGAGUCAUCUUUCCAGAGCGCUAUUAAUGUUUUAGGUGGAUCUUCGAAACGACUUGGACACUGUUGAGAAGCUCGCGAAGAACCGUUUGCGUCCUGUGGCCGAAGCUGAGGGCGAGCAGCUUGCCCACGAGCUCGGGGCGAUCGGGUACUUCGAGUGCUCGGCUCUCACCAAAGUAUUAUUUUUUUUCUGCAUCUUUAAAGCAACACACGGGCAGUUCGUUUUGCAGGUGGCAGUUACCGAAUUAUUCAAAGCCGCUAUCGCUUCCGCCAUCGAGAAAGACGACGAACAAGUCGAAAACGUCCAGUCCGCCAGAUGUGCUUGCACGAUCUCUUAA